AUGUCGAUAGUUGAAAAGGAUAAACGAGAUGAGAAUGAUGUAUCUUCAGCAGUUAGCUCUUACCAGGAUCUCAACAGCCCAAAAGAAAAAGAUGCGGUCAGCCAAAUGCUAGAAAGCCAGGAAUGCCUCUUAUCGGGUUCUGAAGUGGUCGAUAUUAACGAUGAAGACGUCAACGCUCUUCUUUUGCCGGAAGAUGAUAGCGCUCCCGCAAGUACAUUGAGAAUGUGGGUUAUUGCGUUUGGAAUCAGUGCUGUAAUUGCAGGUGUCGAUUCAUUCUUCUCUAUGAGGUAUCCUACAAUCAGCAUUGGGUCUAUUGUCUCACAGAUUAUUUCUUAUCCCUUGGGAGUUUUGUGGUCUUAUAUAGUCCCAGCAAUUUAUGUUCCUCUUCCUUUUGGGUUGGGGUUCAAUUUAAACCCAGGAAAGUUCAAUCGAAAGGAACAUGCCUGUAUUUAUUUAUUUUCAAAUCUAGUAAUAAGUGCUGGAUUAGUAAAUAACUUAGUAGUUGAACAGUUCAAGUUCUUCGAUAGAGACAUAGGAAUUGGGAGAAUGAUAUUGUUUAAUAUGAGCUGCUAUUUGAUAUCAUUUGGUUGGUGCGGACUUGCAAUGGACAUUUUGGUGACACCAAGUGAUCGUGUAUGGCCAGGUAUACUAAGUAACAUUGCUUUAUUUAAAGUAUUACAUUCUAAUAGCAAUCCUCCAGUGGGCAAGUGGAAAAUUUCAGGUUACAAAUUCUUCACUAUCAUAUUUGCGGGAUCUUUCGCAUGGUAUUGGCUUCCUGAUCUAUUAAUGCCUUUUUUGAGCACUCUCGGUGCCUGGAUAAGUUGGUGUAAGCCAUCCAGUGCUGCAUUGUCUCAGGUUUUCGGCGUCAAAACUGGACUUGGCUUAUUUCCUUUAACACUAGACUGGACCCAAAUAGCAUCUCUUAAUAAUCCUUUAACAACACCUUUCUGGUCCGUUGGUUGCAUAUUUUUAUCAUUUGUUUUCUGGAUAUGGAUUGUAAUGCCGGGAUUAUACUACCAGAAUCGCUGGCAAACAGCACAUUUUCCCAUUAUGACGAAUAAUAUAUAUGACACGAGUGGACAGGCUUACAAUGCAUCAAAAGUGGUUGACUCCAACUGGAAGUUAGAUGUCAAUAAGUUCAAAAAAUAUUCGCCCGUAAUGUUACCAAUUGCAUUUUUACUAAGUUUGGCACUCGGGUUGGCUGCGUUUUCAGCAAUGAUGGUGCAGUUUCUUUUAAGGUUUCGCUCGGAUGUAAUUGAGCCAAUCAGAAAGAGAAAUUCUCAGCCAGAUAGACAUAAUGCCAUCAUGUACAGAUAUAAGAAGUUUCAUUGGUCUUUGUAUCUGGCAGUCACGGCAAUUGGCUUGGGGCUAGGUUUCGCAUUUUGUGAGGGUUGGGAUGAUUCACAAAUUCGUGCUCCAGGAUUUAUUGUUUCGAUUGUUAUUGGGGCCGUACUUUAUCUUCCAUUAGCAUUGAUAGAAUCAAGGGCAAAUAUAACUGUCAGUUUACAAUCUUUUUUUGAAAUUAUUUCUGCUUUUUGGUUUAAAGGACAGCCAUUAACUUUGCUUUACUUUUAUUGUUUUGGUUUUGCAACAUUACAGCACUCCAUGCAUUCUGCACAAAGUGCAAAAGUUGGACAUUAUAUGAGAGUUCCGCCUAGGGUUACUAUGACUGUGUUGUUUUUUGCCGCUGUUUGGAGUUCAUUAGUGAGCCCUUCAGUUGCUGGUUAUGUUGUUAAUCAUAUUAAAGAUGUAUGUUCCACGAACGCGAAAAAUAACAUGGUUUGUAGAUCAACUAAAACUCAAUUUAAUACCCACUUAGUAUGGGGUUUGUUCGGAAAUAAGCUUUUCUCAGAUGGAGGUCGCUAUUCAUGGGUUUUGUACUUUUUUUUAGUAGGAGCACUCAUAAGCAUUGUUCAUUUUGCCAUACUUUAUUUUAGACCAAACAGUUUUGUUAAGCGACUCAGUCCUGUCUUAUUGGUAGCUGGUGCAUCAAAUAUUCCAUCGGUCACAGGGUUCAAUUUCUCAACUUGGUUCGUCGUUGCAGUAAUAUUUAAUUUCUACAUACGUCGCAGACACGUAGAUUGGUGGAGAAAAUAUAACUUGGUGAUGGCAAUUGGCAUAGACUGUGGGGUCGCAAUUGCAGCCAUUAUUAUCUAUUUUUGCGUGGUUUACACAGGGGCAUCUAGCCGUAUUCAGUGGUGGGGUACCGAAGUUGCUAGCAUAGGAUGUGAUUCCGAAGGUUGCCCACAUUUGACAGGUACAAUAUCAGCACCAACUGGUUACUAA